AUGGAUACGACGAUGGACGAGGCAUGGAAACCCACGAUAAAGGUCAAGGUGAAUGUAUUACAGCAGCUUCAGAGACGGCAGGGACACAUUUUCGAGGAGCUCCUCGGCCGCAGGGGCAUCAGCCUUCUCGGUUUCUGCAACCGUCCGCUUUCCGACGACGACGUCCACCAGGUCACGGUUGUCCUCUUUUGCUGCAACGCGUUCCGCGUUUCUGGCGUGGACCAAUGUCGCAUCGACGAAGGGGUGCAUGCAUUCCACCUUGCCGCCAACGUCGCAUGUUCCGUACAGUCACCGUGGGCCGCCCUCCUCGACCGCAACGCGUACGGUAACGACUCCGCCUACUUUGUGGUAGCCUCGACGAGCGCGCGCAAGAGCGGCGAUGACCUCGAGCUGCCUGAUGCCACGUACGUGCCGGAACACAUUGUGCAGCCGUGGUUGCAUUUUGAUCUCAGUCAGCCGGGGCAGCCGCCGAGGGUCGAGGAGCUCGAGGCCCGUGAUCUCUUUGCAUCCCGUACGUCGUAA